CGGCGGCGGGGCCGGGCGGUGCGUCCCUCCCGCCGCGGCUGCCAGCGCCGCCGGCACCAUGGGCUGCUACUGCCGCCUCCUCUUCCUCGCCCUCCUCCUCCUCCCGGCAGGACUGGGCGAUGACUCCCCGGAAUCACCCCUCAGCCGCAUCAGCCCCCCCUUCCUCUGGGGGGGUGUCCCAGUGAAACCAGAUUCCAGGGAUGCAGAUGUCCCCACUCCAGCUCCAGGCCAGCCCUCGCUGCCCUUGUCCACGGGACCUUCCAGAGACGGGACGUCCUCCAGACCCGUGGAGGGGGAUGGCCACAAUGCCACCACCCCUGUGGCAGCACUGUCCCCUGCUCCUGUCUCCGUCACCGAGAGCUCCACGGCCACAACAGACGGAGCCUCCAGCCCCAGCCCAGGGCCACCCACCUUGGAGACAUCCCCAACUCUCCGGACAGCAAACACUGCCAGCCUGGCAAGAAGCAUGAUGGAUUUGGGGGCAGCUUCCAGCCCCACGGGCACAGCUGCACCAUCACCUCCCUCUUCCCUUCCCACCAGUGAUCCCUCCUCACCUCCCAGGAUGGGCUUGUCCCCAACACCUGUCCUCGUGAGCCCUGGCGCUACCCAGCCGCCGCUGCUGACCAAGGACGUCCCUUCCCUGGGGACGCUGGCCAUGGCAUCGAGCCUGGCCAUGGAGCCAACAUCCCCCCCAGUGACUGUGAUGAGCCCCACCCAAGCCGAGGCCACGGCCUCCGAGAAAACCACCGGAGUCACCAUGGAGGAGGUCCCGCGUGCGCUGAGUGCAGGGAGCAUCGUGGCCAUAACCGUGACGGUCAUCGUGGUGGUGGUGCUGGUGUUCGGGGCAGCCGCGUACCUCAAGAUCAGGCACUCCUCCUAUGGAAGGCUGUUGGACGACCACGACUAUGGCUCCUGGGGCAACUACAACAACCCUCUCUAUGAUGAUUCCUAGCAGGGAUGAAGAAAAAACCCCAUAAAUCCUUAAUUUAUAAGCGCUUCUGCAGCAGAGCAUCCGCUGUCGAGGAGAUGCCGGGCACGAAGCCCCUGCCUCAGGCAGGAUUACCACGGGUCUGCUGGAUGACCAGAACUGGAGGGCGGGUGUGCAGUGCUCACAAUAAACCUGAAUUUUGGCCUUUGA